CCGUGACAGUCGCCUACAGCCUUCGCACGCCGCCGCACGGCUCGCCAGCAGUGUGAGCCCGAGCUCACGCGAUCUAAAACACGCAAACGAAAAAAAAAACUUAAAAAGAAAAAUAAAAAUCAUCAACAAACAAUUUAAUGUGGAAAAAUAUACCAAUAAAAAAUAUAGGCCAAAAAUAGUGCCAGUGUUGCGAACAGUUCCAUUUUUGAAGUGCAUAUUUUUAUUUUAUUUUUGUGAAAAUGGGUUUGAAACCGGAAGAUGACAAGCGGCCGAGUAAGCUGGCGAUUAUGGAUGAUGAUGAUAGUUUAAGACCACCAGAAGGCCUCGGGCAGCGGCACUUCGUGACGUUCAUGCUGUUCCUGGGUAUGGCGAACGCCUACAUCAUGAGGACGAACAUGUCUGUCGCCAUAGUCGCCAUGGUCAACCACACCGCGCUGCCCGUCAACCCGGAGGAAGUCGACACCGAGUGCGGCCCGGGACAGGCUAACGUCACCCAUAUAUUACAAGACGGCCCCUUCGUCUGGUCUUCUUCGCUACAGGGGUACAUUUUGUCAUCAUUCUUCUACGGAUAUGUGGUCACACAGAUACCCUUCGGGAUCCUGUCCAAAAAGUAUGGCGCCCGGCUGUUUCUCGGCAUAGGCAUGCUGGUCAACUCGGUCUUCGGCCUGUUGGUGCCUGUAGCUGCCGAGGCCGGUUGGCUGUGGCUAGUCCUCGUAAGGUUCAUCCAGGGCCUCGGAGAGGGACCAAUCGUACCAUGUUCUCACGCUAUGCUUGCUAAAUGGAUACCACCAAACGAAAGAAGUAGAAUGGGUGCAGCCGUAUAUGCAGGAGCACAAUUUGGCACGGUGGUGUCUAUGCCUUUGUCUGGUCUUCUCUCCGAGUAUGGCCCGUUUGGCGGCUGGCCAUCUAUCUUCUAUGUUUUCGGCCUGGUCGGAACUGUCUGGUGCAUCGCCUUCCUGAUGUUCAUCUAUGAAGACCCUGACCACUGCCCCAAGAUGAAGGAAACCGAGAAAAACUACAUCCGGAGCUCGUUGUGGGGUGUUGCCGGCUCGAGCGUGACCAAGUCACCACCGACUCCGUGGCGGAAGAUCCUGAGUUCGAUGCCCUUCUGGGCCAUUAUGUUGGCCCAUAUGGGUCAGAACUACGGGUACGAGACACUGAUGACCGAGCUGCCGACUUUCAUGAGACAAGUGCUGCACUUCUCCCUUAAAGACAACGGUUUCUUCUCAGCUCUGCCUUAUGGGUGCAUGUGGUUAUUCUCCAUAUUCAUUUCCAUAAUGGCCGACUGGAUGCUGACGUGUCGCUACUUCACACACACAAUAGUCAGGAAGCUCAUCAACAGUAUCGGUGAAUACGGUCCUGCGGUCGGUCUAUUCAUAGCUGCGCAUACUGGCUGCAACCCGGCCGCGACUGUCGCCAUUCUCGCCAUCGGCAUUGGUCUCAAUGGCGGUAUCUACUCCGGUUUCAAGGUUAACCACUUGGACAUCUCGCCGCGUUUCGCCGGGAUCCUUAUGUCGUUCACCAACUGCUCCGCCAACCUGACUGGCUUAUUCGCGCCCAUCAUCGCUGGAUACAUCAUUGAGGGGAAGCCAACACAAGCCCAAUGGAGGAAAGUUUUCUACAUCGCUGGUGGAAUAUACUUGUUCGCCGGAACAUUCUACAACAUCUUCGCAUCGGGUGAACGGCAACCGUGGGAUAAUCCCGCUGAUGACGAAGCGAACGCUAAGAAAGCCGCUCAUAAGAAAGCAGCCAAGAAAGCAAAGCGAGCACAGAGUCAAGGAGGAUCCCCACCACAACCGCCCGCGCGAACCCAAAACCAAUCAUCAUCCCCAUCGCAACCGCCGCCUAAACCCCAAAAUCAACCACCAUCCCAGUCGACACCACAGACUGCAACCCAAAACCAACCAGCAUCCAAAACGCAACCGCAAAGUCCACCCAAACAGUAAGCAGUCUGCCCAAUAGCGAGCAACAAAACGCAAACGUAGCCGAAUUUAAUCUAUUUGGUACAAUUUUUAAAGUGUAAUGACAUUUUUAAAUAAAAUAUAUAGGCUGUGUAGGUUGUAAUCCCUUUGCCCAGAUUAAAGUAAAAGGUUAAAUUUUGAUAUCCCGCGAUUUCCAAAGUUGUGUUUGCUGUGUUCGACCCGAUAUGAGUUUUAUGUGACCCAGAUUAACUACAUAUUUGUAUAUUUGGAAAACUAAUGAUUGCAUCGUACGAUUAUAACUUAUGAAGAAAAUUGCAGGCAAAAGAUAAGAAAUCAAAGGUAUAAAGAUACCUUCUCUUAUCUGUUGCCUGCAAUUUUCUUUUAUUUUCGUCAAUUUAGUUAACAAACGUGAAAGACGCACAUCAUUCAAGGCUGUGAUAAUAUCUUGUGUGCAACGCUCAUUGGGAACUUCUAUCGGGUUGGUGUGCUCGUAUAUUUUACAUUAUUUAUUUAUUAAUACCACAAAGUAUUGUUAAUAGCUUGCUGUAUAAUAGAGGCGUUUAAGUAUUUGGGUCCAAGUUAAAAUGUUACCGUCCUAAACCAGUGACUACACUAAUUACCAUUAACUUCCCUUGUAAAAAUUAAUAGUGCCAUUAAGUGAAAGCAUUUUUGAAUUGUAUAUUUGCAGUUGCUCGAAUAUGAAAAGAAAAUAGAAAUUAUUCCAAUAAGCUUUCGCUAAAUCUCGUCAUAGACUAAGGGACAUCACCUGUCCAAAUGAAAAAUAUUGAAGUAGCACAGCUAGCUUUGUUACCCAUGCAAGACAAAACUGAUAUUAGCAUUCGACGCCUCAUUAGUCUAUGUUCUAGAAUUAGUGCCAAACGGUAAUAUUGUGUUGUGAUGUUUUUGUUUUAAAUCAUUCAUUGUUCGCUUGAAGCGACUGUUGUUAAUAGUUAAGUUUAUAACUUUGAUAAGUAAUUGUACACUCCUUGACAAAAACGGGCAUCUACGAAUUUUGACUUAUUUUUGUAUCAAAUAUUAUUGUUUUAUUAUUAUCACUAUCUGCACCGGUAGCAUGCACACGUAUAUCGCGCGCAUUCCGGUAUAUGGACCAAUCCUAUUGGCUACGCGAUAAAUAAUGCGAUUCUAUUGUUUCAUAUAUCGGAACGAAUGCGAUAUUUGUGCAGCAUGCUACGGGAACGAGUCGAGUUUUAUAGUGUAAUUAUGUACGCAGGAAGUUCUACAGAAAGUGUGUUUUAUUUUUAUGUUAUGUAAGCAGGUGCUUACUUUAUUAAUUUUUUCGUUUAAAAACUUCCGCACGCGCCCUUUGUAAUCUACCAUUGAUGAUAACAAAAAUAAUCGUCUAAUAGGUACGAAUACUUUCAUCAUUCAGUCAUCUUCAGUCACUUAAAUAUUAAAACACAUUCCAGGACGUAAAAUCUAUCUAACAAAAUCAAAGAUGCCCGUUUUUUGCAAAGGGGUUUAUUUAUGUAUAGUAGAAGUAAAUUGUGACGUCACCGACGCCGCACGGCCAGAGAUGUGAUCAUUCGGUUAAGUAAUUUUAAGAUAAUUUAUACGUCACAUAUUCACUAAGACACUAUAAUUUGUGACGUAUACUAUAUUAUGUAUAUUUAAUAAUUAUUGAACUAAUAAACAGAAUACCUAUUUGUGACGAAUAUAAAAACGUGCCUUUGUAACGUUAGAAAAUACUAGCUUAAAAUAACACACUUCAGAAAUUGAUAAGCUGUAAAAACUCAACAUUUUGUAAGGUCUUUCUUACUUGUUCAUUUUUGAAUAAAUACUGAAACAUAUUUCUAUAA